CUGUUAGUUAAAGUGUUAAUGCCCUAAUUUUCAGUUUUAAAGCCCUGGUUCUUCCGCCAUUUUAACUAUUCACUUCCUCCUUCAUAUGUUAAACUAAAUCAUCUUUUUAGCAGUUUUCCAUUUACUCCUCUUCCUUCUCUUUCCUUGAUUUCAAAAGAGCAGCAAUGGCUUCCGGCGCUUAGUUCUCGUGACGAAACAGCCGCCACUGCUGCCGCCUCCGUAGUAGUUCAGAAUUCACCCGUGCCGCUCCGUUGGUGCCCCAGAACCGGCAACUUCCCAGCCUUUUUCUUUGGUUCUCGGUGUGUGCGGAAAUUCCUUAAGGAAGAGUGCAGAGAAAGAAAAAGAGAAAUGGGGAAAAGCGAGAUGGAGAAGGAGAAGUUGAAUCAAACAUUAACACAACAUAUGAGUAACAUCCAUGAAACCUUGCAGAUUAUGGAUCUAACUCCUUCUUCUUCCCUUCAGAAGGUCAGCUGGGAGGAAGUUCUUAAGAUUGGCGAUCAGCUCUCCAAAAACGCUACUAGUGCUGGAAUGCUUUUCAGUGAAGAAAAAAUAACAGCAAAGGAGCUUGAGGAAAAUAUGAAGGCAUAUUUCAAUCUGUUGCAGGGUUUUGUUUUGCUUGGCUAUGGAAGUACAGUGGGUGCAGGACCAACUCUGUCAUCGAAUAUUCAUGCAUCAUUAAAACAAGUUAUAGAUUCCAGUUUCUCGUUUUGGAGAGAGAGUGUUGCUUCUUAUGGACAUCACGCUAAGGAGAAUAAAAGAACAAUUCCGCAGUUAGCUGGUAUAGUUUGGGAUGCAUGUUCUGCCCUCAAGAAGACUCCUAGGACUAAUAUAAUUGCAAUAGGACGGGGAAUAACACAUGUUGCCGUUUCCAUGAAGGAUGUGUUGCGUGAGUUGAAGGAGCUCGAACCAUGUUCGUCUGAUCCAACCAAUGAAAUAUCAAGCCCAGCCGCAGAAAGCACAACUUCUGAUGUUGAUGUUGAUGCCGAUGAGUAUGAUGAUCUAGGCAAAGAUCUAUCACCCAAAGAGAUGAAAGUCGCUCAAUUAGCAAUCACAAUUGUGUCGGAAGCAGUUAUUGCCGUCAAGGAACUUAUAAGAUCCAUUACUGGUUUGGUUAAGAAGGAAAAUCUUACAGAAGAACAGGGGGUCGAGUCCUUGGAAAAGUUACUGAAGCUUUGUCGUAGCAUUGGUGUUCAGGUGGAUGAGCUUGGGGCCUGUCUUUAUCCACCUCAAGAAUUAUCAGCUAUAGCUAAGUCAUGUCAAGAAAUAUCCAACUUAACAGAUGAAGUGGAAAAAGAAUUGCUUUGUUUAACCAGCUCUGCGGAAGCUUUUGUCAAAGGAUGCAAAUCACUGAAGAAAAUCUUGGAAGUUAUGAAAUUGGAAGUAUGCAGCUCUCUCCUUGACGAUGGUGAAGUUGCACAAAAUUCCGGUGAAUCGCAUGUUGUAGAACAAAUGCAGAAUCUUGUUGUGCAAGAUUGAUUAUCUUUUAAUUUCCCUCUUGACCGCAUUGUCACUAUUUGGUUAAGAAUUAUUACGAGAUACUUUGUCAUUUGCACAAAAGUGUCGUAUAGCUCUAUUCUUUA